AUGACCAACUUUCGGCCCCAUCCACUGCCUUUCACAAGCAAAGACCCGCGUAUGCAAGAUCCCAAAGGCGAGCACGUCGACGGCUGCGAUACAAACCUCAACCAUUUUUCAGAUGCAAUCUUCUCUUGUCCAGUGGUGGUGGCAACAGAGCCAGCCUACACUCUGGCUCGACAAAUAAAGAAACUAAGACAGAAGAGGGCCGACAAGAAGGCGGCGGAGGAGGAAAGGCCUACUGAAAAUGCGAAGGAGAAAUGGUAUGGUGAUGAUAAGUAA